ACGAGUGCAAAUUGAAAAUUCGAUCCAAUGGAUAAACGUCACGGCACAGCAAUAAACAUCACAAUAAUAAAAAUCGAUCCGAGACGUUUAUCUUGAUGAACUACCCAGGAUAUAGGUUCAACUAUUCUAUUACACAUUUUAUCCAGAUAACCCUGAAGAUGUUAUCCCUGGUUGGAGUUUUGUGUCUGGCGACAGUGAUGUUUGCUCACCCACAUGAGAGAGAAAAGCGAGCUUUGGGCUGCAACUAUAACGGCCAGACGUAUUACGAUGGCCAAGUAUUUACCACCACAACAAGCGGCCCGUGCAUCAAAUACACGUGCAGUGCUGGUAGCGUCUGGCCCACGACGCUUGAGUGUAAGGCUGACAAUGGGACGUGUGUUCCAUUUGGCACCAGGAAGAUAGACUUGUGUCGAGUUAGCGAGUGUGGACAAAACGCCGCAGGAUAUAUUGGCUUCUUUCCAAUUGCAGGUUCAAAUUAUGGUAUGUAUAUUAGAACCCAAUAGCAAGAUUCUUUCUCG